UUCGCUUUCAAUUUCCUUGAAACUUCCUCGUUCAACACUAAAGGAAGACAACUUUGGAGACUGAUCGCAUCGCAGUUUGAUCCUUGCCGCUAAGAGAAACAUACCAGACUGCUGGGCGAUUAAUAGGUGUUGCAAAUACGUAAGUACGCCGUUUGUACCAUUUUCCUGAUAUUGAAGUGCUUCUUAGAGUUUUGCAUUUUGAUCAAAUAGUUAGAAGACCACAACGAUCACUAGAUUCCGUAAAGUUGAGUAUGAGUUAAGCAUCAACGUUUUAGGAGAGUCUGAUUGGAAAUACUAUUUUCAUGUUAAAUGUGCCAGUCGGCUUGGGAAGAUAAAGAGUUGCCUAAAUCGCUUCGGGAACACAGCUUGUAUUGAUAAAGUAGACUAAUAGUGCAAGCUUAGUGUUGAUACAUGUACAGUGACUUGUAUAAAAAAUUUCCGAACUUUGAAUUUCUUUGUAGAGCUUAAUUUUGAAUUCUGGUUUCUGUGAUGAAAUUCUGAAUUAAUUUGAGAGCCCAAAGGUCUGAAAGAGGCUUUCCGUGUGUGGCCGCUGCUUGAGAAUCUUACAAAAGUAGACAACAUAAUUCACACAGGAAGUCUUCUGCUUUCCCGUCGAAACAAAGCGAGGCAGUCAGGGGCACCCAACGACAAUUUUCGGAAAAAUAUCUGUUCGGAAGACGACUUGAGAUCUAGAAUUUUCGGAACAUUUGUUGUAAAAUUUCUUGCUUGCCCGCUUCUCCUAGGAUUUUCGAACAUCUAAAAUAUGGUAUUAUUGCCUAUUUUUAACGGAUUUUUACCCUAAAAAGCUCACCUAGAAUUUUCGGGAGCCUUUUUUCUGGCUGAAAUUUUCGAAAAGGUUAGUUUUGAUCCCUAUAAUUUUCGGAUCACUAGACUUUCAGCUAGGAAAUCCGAACAGAUGAAAAAUUUUUAGGGGAUAAAAAUAUGCCUAUAUCUACCGUUUACAUACCAAAAUACGUUUAACAAUGCUAUAUUUUACCGGUUUUGAACUAAAUUCUCGUUGGGUGCCCCUGGGCAGUUGUGGCUGAUGUUCUUCAUUCGUUGAAAAGUCAACUUUGAACGGACAAUUAUAGGACCCGUAGACCACUGUUGUUUCUUUUUGUAGACGUAUAAAUCCUCGGUAGCAGGGAUCUUAUUAUCCAUGAGCAUUAUUAUGAUUAUUUUAGUGAAUCGCGUGAAUUAAACGUGAUCGCGUGAAUUAGCGUCCGUUCAAUAUCAGGCGUGUGGCACUAUACUAAAUAUUUUGCGGGGCUCUGCUAUUUUUCCGGUUUUUUACUCUUUAAACAAUAAGGCACGUUUAAAUGCGUUGCAUAAAAAAUAUCAGUUUACAGAAAGAUGAGAAUCGAUAAAAUUGCACAUAAACAUAUUCCUAUUAGUUCGCUGCAUAUCUUUUUACAGAUCUGUUCAAAUGGUAGAUUAAGGUAUCUCGACUGGAUUUUUUAGGGGGGAUACCUCCCAAGUUUGAGCAUUAACUAAGUCAGCAUCAGCAAAGAUAUGGGAAAAUGGUUACCACAACUGUAUUAUAUAAAGGUAAAAAUUUCUUAUGAUCUGGGUUUUAUUGCAAUCGGAGUAGCCAUGGUAACGUAAUGAGGCCAUUACGGUUUUUAUUUAUCUUUGCGUUUCUCUGUAGUACGAAUUUUUUUAAGAAAUCGCUUAAGGGAGUAUGUACCUACCAUAAUUGCCUCAAUUAUGGCAAAGGUUGAACAAAUUCUAUGCGAGCGUUUUAGAAAUAUUUUGAAACAAAGUUUUAAGAAUCAUAAAAACAGUGAAAUAUCAUGCUAUCCACACAAUGAGCUAAUAUUUUAAGAAAAUGAUAAGCCUUGGAAACGCAGCUUCAUCUCUUAGUGGUUUGAUUCCAUUGAAAACUGCGUACAAAAGAAGAGGGGAAUUGCUUUGGGCGAUCGCGAGAAUUUUAGAAGAAUUUUAUAAACUUGUAUUCAGCUGCUUUUGUUUUCCCCCGACAACGAUGAGUACCCAAAACUAACUAACCACCUAUUUUUUCUCUUGCACAUUUUUCAUCAGAUCCCAAUAAAAAUGGAAUACAGUUUGGAACAAUUGAACUAUUUUAGAGCCUCGUACAUCGCCUUCAACUUAAUCCCGGAAGGGCUUCGAACAGUCUUCAAACAAGAGUGGGAUUUCCUUUACGAGGCAACAGCGUUUGGGAAAUGGAAGGACACCCCAAAAAAUGGCCUCGAUUUCUACAACACAGAACCACCAAGGAGCCAAACCAAAAAUGCUCGACUUUUAACGACAAUACAAAGGGGAAACACUGCAGAGUGGGACUGCAGUCGUCUAUUUUUUGCAAUAUUAUUCUCGAACACUAUUGGCAAUACAUUAAGUCCAGGAAUAAGAAAAGAAGUUGACGAUCUUCGACAAUUUCGAAACGAUAUCGCUCACAGAAAUGAGGCCGAACUUACCAAUGCUGAAUUCUAUAAUUAUGUUGCAAGAGUGUUAGCUGCUUUCACAUCAUUGAAACUUCCAAUUAAUGAAGUUGAUGAUAUAAAAAACCAGACUGACUUUCCCACAGCCGAACUAAAUGCUCUGAAACUACAGGCAGAUAACCUAAGAGCUGACUUACAAAUAAAGGAGCAAGAAGCCAAAACUCUGACCUCAGAAUUACAGACGAAGAAGGAAGAAGUUGAGACCCUUACUCAGGAAAUCAAUUCCAAAAUUGAGUCGUUUUGUACCCUUACAUUCAAGCCAUCACAUCCGAUCAUCAGACGUUUAAACGAUGUCACGAGAAUCAUGAAAAAGCUGGACGAACUACAAAAUGAAAGCAAAGGAGCCAUCAGCACCGUUUAUUUAUCAGGGAUUCCGGGCUGUGGCAAAAGUCAAGUUGCUCGUCAACUGGGACUGGAGUUCUUUGACAAGAGGUUGCAUGAAAGCAAAGGCCUGACAUUUGUAGCAACCCUUAAUGCAGAAACCCUAGAUUCACUUGCAGACUCCUAUUCAAGUCUGGCGAGACAUCUGGGAGUUACAGAGUACACUUUGACCAACCUCGAGACCUAUUCAAAAGGGAAACCAAGAGAAAAGAUCCAGUAUCUAAAGCGAGUAAUUUACCCAAAGACGAAACAAUUUUCUAAGUGGCUAAUUAUUGUGGAUAAUGUUGUUGACCUCUCUUUAAUUCGUAAUGAUCUGCCUCCUACCGGAAGUGAAGAAUGGGGAAAAGGUCAGGUGCUAAUAACUACUCAAGAUAGCAGCUCAAUACCCGUCAAUGCUCCACUUACUUACCAUGAGUCUCUCAGCAAAGGAAUGCAUCCAGAUGACGCGAUAAACCUGUUACGACAGGUAUCCCAAAUCCAGAAUCAAGAACAGGCUGAAAAGGUCGCUGAGGUUCUUGAGUAUCAGCCACUCGCUCUUGCAGCUGCUGCCUUUUAUGUGCAAACCAUUGUGGUCAACGGCUCUCCGAAUUACAGCUGGACAAACUACAUGGAAACACUUUGCCGUGGCGAACGCGAAUCAACCGAAGAAUUUCUUGCAAACCAGAACAUGGCGUAUUCCAAGACAACGACUACUGCCAUUAAAAUGGCAGUUACCAGAGCUUCAGAAAGUGAUGAGGUUUUGCAACAAGUAUUUUGUUUGUUUUCGCUAUGCGCUUCUGAGUCUCUUCCAUUAGAAGUUGCUGUUGACUUCGUUAAAUUACGUGGUACGGAGAAAAAAGAAGAAUUGAUCAAAACUAAACUUUUAAAAUCCUCCUUAUUAUCUUGCUUGCGUGACGAUGACGGUUCAUGUACCGCUUUUCUAAGGAUUCACAACAUUGUUCACGAAGUGCUUAAGUCAGUCAUACCAUCUAAAAUCGAUUUAAAAGAUAGACUUCACAGCAUUUCUGUUGUGAUUGAUAUCUUUUAUUCUUUUUUGGAAAACAACAAGAAUCUGUUGCGUUCAAGUAGGCAUGUUUUUGCUAAGUUACGUAGAAUUACGAAUCAUUGUAAAGCAUUACAUGAAAUUCUUAACAGUGUUCAGUUGAGGAAUUCCGAAAAAAUGUUUAAUGCAAUCACCCCUGGCAAAUUAGUUUCGUGGCUCUCUUCAACUGCCGAGGUCUGCUUGGAUCUUGGUAAUCCAUCUGAUGGAUAUGUCUUUGGUAAGUCAGGCUGCAGCUUCCUACAUUUUCUAGAUGAUUCGCAAAACGAUAAAUCAAUAAUGGCGUGCACCUACAAUAUACUAGGAAAAACUUACAGUCAACUUAAUCAGUGCAGUCAAGCUAAAGAAUACACUGAGAAGGCUCUUACCAUCAGAAUAGAGGUUUACGGAGAACACCACGGUGACGUAGCCACAAGCUACAAUAAUCUAGGAAAUGUUUACAGUCACCUUGGCCACUAUACUGAAGCUAAAUUACACUACGAGAAAGCUCUUAAGCUAAGAAAAGAGAUUUAUGGUGAACACCACGGUGUGGUAGCAACAAGCUACAACAAUCUGGGACAUGUUUACAGAAACCUUAGCCAGUACGCUGAAGCUAAAGUAUACUAUAAGAAGGCUCUAACUAUGAGAAAAGAGAUUUACGGUGAACACCACGGUGACGUAGCAACAAGCUACAACGACCUUGGAAAUGUUUACAGAAAUCUUGGCCAGUACACUCAAGCUGAAGAGUACCAUGAAAAGGCUCUUGCGAUGAGAAAAGAGAUUUACGGUGAACACCACUGUGACGUGGCUUCAAGCUACAAUAACCUGGGAGUUGUUUACCGAAACCUUGGCCAGUACAGUCAAGCUAAAAAAUUUCAUGAAAAGGCUCUUACCAUAGCAAAAGAAGUAUACGGGGAACGCCAUGGUGACGUAGCAGCAGGCUACAGCAACCUGGGAAACGUUUACAGAGACCUUGGCCAGUACAGUCAGGCAAAAACACACUACGAAAAAGCUCUAACCAUCAGAAAAGAGAUUUACGGUGAACAACAUGGUCUGGUAGCAGCAACCGUCGACAACCUGGGUAUUGUUUUCAGGGAUCUUGGCCAGUACAGUCAAGCUAAAGAAUACCAUGAGAGGGCUCUUACCAUCAGGAAAAAGAUUUACGGUGAACACCACGCUAACGUAGCAGCAAGCUACAACAAUCUGGGAAUUGUUUGCAGUUACCUUGGCCAGUUCAGUCAAGCUAAAGAAUACUAUGAGAAGGAUCUGGAAAUUAGCAAGGAGAUUUACGGCGGUGAACACCAUGGUGAUGUAGCGACAAGCUACAACAACCUGGGUACUGCGUAUAGUGACCUUAGCCAGUACAGUGAAGCUAAAGAAUACUAUGAGAAGGCUCUAACUAUUAGGAAGGAUAUUUACGGUGAACAUCAUGCCAACGUUGCAACAAGUUACAACAACCUGGGAACUGUUUACAGUUACCUGGGCCAGUACUGUCAAGCAAAGGAGAACCAUGAGAAGGCUCUUACCAUAAGGAAAGAGAUUUACGGUGAGAACCACAACGUUGUAGCGAACAGUUAUGCAAAUCUUGGCUGUGUUUACAGUGACCUUAAGCAGUACGAUGCAGCUAUAGAAUCUUUUCAAAAGGCUUUGCAAAUAUAUCAAGCGGUUUACGGCGAACAACACUCUGACGUGGAGAGAAUUUGUCGAAACUUAAGAAUUGUUGAAAGGGAACAAAGAGAACAUAGCAAAGUUGAGAUCAAAUGA